AUGCUCGCUCUGAACCGCACAACUGGGAACAUGCUCGGCUUGUCCAACUCGGUAUGGCUACUUCUCGUAUCGGCAGCCCUUUACGUUUCCAUCCGCAAACGCAAACGUAUCUCUAUCGCGCACAUUCGUGGACCUGUACCGGAGUCUUUCCUGCUCGGUAACCUACGGCAACUUCUAGCCGGCACUCUUCCGAAUGACGCCUUGCACAUUCUCCAAACGUACGGCUCUCUGGCCCGCGUUCGCGCACCUCUCGGCGAAGAUCGGCUCUGGACAGCCGACCCCGCCGCAAUCCAACAUAUCCUUUCCAAAGCCCGCGAUGUAUGGAUCAAACCGCACGAGGCGCGCUGGGCGCUAAUCGUCGCGAGUGGAGGUGGCGUGACCGGCAUGGAAGGUGAAGAACACAGGCGCCAGCGCCGGGCCGUUGCUAGGGCGUUUGGCGCCGGUGAAGUCAAGGCGCUCGAGAGUGGGCUGAAAGAGCGCGCCGAUGUCCUCGUCAGGCAUAUCAUGGAGAAGGAUAUCGGACAUGACCGGAGAGAUGGCGUAGAGUUUGAUGUGACAGAAUUGCUGAGUAGAGGCAUGCUCGAUGCGGUGGGGCAUGCUUUAUCAGGCUAUGAGUUUCAUGCACUCGAAGGCAAUCAAGACGAGCUCGCUGAGUCUCUGCAUGGUUUCAUGGCCAAAGGCUUCGGACGACCCGACUCUCCCAAGCUGUUCAUGCAUGGAAUGAUGGCGCACAUCCCGAUGUCACUCCUUGAUCUUCUCCGGUACCUGCCCGAUCCCGGCCUCGCAUUCCUUCGUCGGCAUGUCCGCCUUUCAAAUACUCUAUCUCGACGGCUCAUAGCCGAACGAACGGAGGGCGCGAAGAGAGGCUUGGCGCUGGGUACCGAUGCGCUCAGCUUGAUCGUCAAGGCAAACAUUGAAGAGACGGGUAGGUGGAGGUUGAGAGACGAAGAGCUUGUGCCGCAGUUCGCGACACUGCUGGCUGCCGGACAUGAGACGACACUCACGACGAUCAGUUGGAUCCUGUACGAGCUCGCCCUGCACGAGGACGUCCAGCGCGACCUACGCGCCGAGAUAGAAUUAGACCCGAAUGCAGAUCUUGAUAGCCUGACUCUACUGAAUGCUGUCAUCAAGGAGACCAUGCGUUUUGAUACUGUCGUGCCCUACCUUUCCCGGGUGGCAACGCAGGAUGACGUCAUCCCACUCUCAAAGCCGAUACGCACGAGCGAGGGCGAGGAGAUAAGCGAGGUGCUCGUGCCGAAGGAUACACGCGUAUUUGUGUCCUCUAUCGGGUACAGCCUCAACGAGAAUGUCUGGGGUACAGAUGCAAACGUUUGGCGUCCAGCACGGUGGAUGGAUGAGACGAUCGCCAGGACCCAGAUGGAGAACAUUGGACCGUACGAGAAUCUCAUGUCUUUCGGCGCAGGCCAUCGGGCGUGCGUUGGUUGGCGAUACGCCAUCACCGAACUGCAGAUCUUCCUGUCUGCACUCAUCCGCGCCUUGGAGUUUCGCGCGACAGCGCGCACGAGAGCAGUGAGGAGGGAGAACUGUCUCGUCAUGUUGCCUAUCGUUGAGGGUGAAGGGAAUGAGAACCGCAUGCCGCUCCAGUACUUAGAAUCUUGCGAUCAUGUUUGA